CACUCACUCGUCGCGUCACGAGCAGAAAACGGACGGACGUGCGCGCGUUUUGGCUUUUCCCUCUGUGGGCUUGUGUGUCUUUGCGUGUCGGUAAAAAACAGAAAACCAAAAGCAAAGUAAAGUGUGUUUGAAUUAAAUCAAAGCCAUCGAGAAACAGCGCGACGUUUGUGUUUGCAAAUACAAAAGUAAAAAGUAAAAAAGUAUAAACGUCAAAGUGUCGUAGAAGCAGAGGCAGCAACAACAACAAGAGUGCAUUAAUUGCAUCUCUGCACCUCCGCCCCCUGCCCAAACGUCAUCACACCUAAAUUGUUGUUGCGCUCGCAGUUGGCGGCGUCUACUUGGUGAAGCACGAACCGAAUGUGAGAGAGCGAAUGUGUUUCAAUGAUGUUACUGCCUUCGGGGCGUUCGAAUAGUGAUGUCUAUCCGCUACAAAGUGCCAACAACAGCAGCACAACAGCCUCAGCCCCAGCCGGAGCAAAGCCCUUGCUACUGACACGAACAUCAUCGCCACAAUUGACAACGUUGCCCACAACAAAUGGCACCAACGCCCCCCACACAACGCCCAAUCGCCCACUGAAUGGUGUAGGAGGAGCAGCAGCAGCAGGAGCAGCAGGAGCCGCCGCCGGAUGCCCGUCACAGUCGCAGUCACAGUCACAGACCGGAAUACAGCCGAUAACAGCAGGAGGAGCAGUAGCAACAGGAGGAGCAACGGAGGCGACAACAACGGAGCCUGUCAGCAGUGGAAUUGGGGUCGGCGUUGGCCCUGCCACUGCCGCUGGCACGGGCAUCUAUGGGCCACUUUUGGGUCAAAGCCAUGGACAUGGAAGUAACGCUGCUGGCGUUGCCGGAAAUUGGUCCGAAAUUGAUGGACACUUGGAGACAAUACAGGAGAAGCUAAAGCCUGGUUGGACCGUGCAUUCGGGAAAGGAGGGACGACUCUAUUAUUGCAACCACUUGGCACAAACAUCAGGAUGGCUGCCCGCCUGCGAGGAUUGGAGCAAGCAUGAGGAGCUCUCCUAUGGCUGGGAGCGUGCCAUAGAUUCCAAGGGUCGUUCCUACUACAUCAACCAUCUGAACAAAACGACCACAUACGAGGCACCCGAAUGCAUACGCUGGGACGAGCAUCCGCCGGAGCCGCGUCUCGUCCACCUGCAGCGGAAUGCCAGCCUGGGAUUCGGUUUUGUGGCCGGCAGCGAGCGUCCGGUGAUUGUGAGAUUCGUGACAGAAGGCGGUCCCAGCAUCGGGAAGCUGCAGCCAGGCGAUCAGAUACUCGCCGUGAACGGGGAGGAUGUCAAGGACGCGCCCCGGGACCAUGUCAUACAGCUGGUGCGUGCCUGCGAGUCGCAGGUCAGUCUUCUGGUCUGCCAGCCCAUGGCGCACUGCAUCCUGCCGGGCCGCAAGUCCACACUCCUGUCGGCGGGCAAGCGGGCCAAGCUGCGAUCGCGUCCGAGUCGCGUGAGAUUCGCCGAGAGUGUGUGCGUCAAUGGGGCACCUCUAUUUCCGCCCUCGGCGUUCUCCCUGGGCGAUAUAUGCGUGCCACCGAUGGCCAAUGUGCUGAAGGUGUUCCUGGAGAACGGGCAGACCAAGUCCUUCAAAUACGAUGCCACCACCACGGUCCACGAUGUGGUUAGCUCUCUGCUGGACAAGCUCUGUCUCUGCUGCGGAGAGCUCUUCAGCCUGGUCCUAGAACAUGUGAAGAGCCUCAAGAGAAAUAAGCUCACGCUGCUGGAUCCCCAAGAGUCCUUGGCCAGGAUUGCUGCUCGUCCGGGAGCCCACAAGCUGCGCUGCCUAUUCCGCAUCACCUUCGUGCCCAUCUCGGCCGCCGAGCUGGCACAGAGGGAUCUGCAUGCCCUGGACUACCUCUACAUGCAGUGCUGCAACGAUGUCAACCAGGAACGCUUCGCCCCCGAGCUGCAGCCGGAACUGGCCCUCCGCCUGGCCGCCCUCCACAUGCACCAGCACGCCCUGGCCAACAAUUUCUCACCCGCGAAGCUCACCGUCAAGCUAGUUGAACGCGAGUUUGGACUGGAGCGAUUUGUCCCAGUCAGCCUGUUCGAGGGCAUGAAGCGGAAGGAGCUGCGCCGCCUGAUCUCCCACUUCUUGAAGCUCAAUGCGGAGAUGACGGGAUCAUCGAGCAAGGUCCUAACACAGCUGCAGGCCAAACUCCAUUAUCUAGAUAUAAUCGCUAGUUUACCAAGCUAUGGAGCCAAAUGCUUUAGCACAAACCAAAGAGAAGGCGUCGAGCGUGUCCUGUUGGUGAGUCCACGCUUCGGCCUCAGUCAGAUAUCGAGUGCCCGCAAUUCGGUGCCCCAACCGAUUUCGGCCAUCGAGGACUUCACCCAUGUGGUGGUGAAUCGUGAGGACGAUGUGACCUGCAGUGUGUCCAUCUUUAUGCUCGGCGAUCGGGCCGUAAAGUUCAUCAUGGAGGAUCGGGAUGCGUGCGAGUUCAGUCUGGUGCUGGGCGGCUACUAUCGCCUGCUGACGGGCAACAUGUUGAAUCUGCUGAGGGAAAGAGACCCCUCGGACGAGGAUAAUGCCCCUGGUUUCUUGUCGCAGCACACGGUGCUGCCCGCGGGCUGGAGCUAUCUGCUGCCCUACCACACGCGGGCGCACAGCGUCAACUUCCUGAUGACGCCGCCCUACCAUCCCGUGACGCAGCUUCCCCCUCAAUUGGGGGCUCCCUUACAGGCGCAGUCCCUGCCCUAUGUAAUGGACUUGGAUCUGCACAGCGUGAUGGCCACGGAGCUGCUGGAGGAGGCGGCCAAGGACUCGGGCCUGAGCGACAGCAGCGGCAGCAACUACUGCGAGGGCCGCAUCCAGUCCUCCCAUCAAAUGGCCAGUGUGGAGGCCAAGAACGAACAGGUACUGCGUCGCGUCCAGGAGCUACAGCAUCUCGUCCAGACCUCCGAGCAGUAUCUGAGUGAGCAGGAGCAGGGACUCUCCGGCGGAGGCCAGACAAUGGCCGUCCUCGAGUUUGAUUCGGACUGCGACAGUCUCAACAGCAGUAAGGUCUCCUCCACGGAGGAGACCUCGAAUGUUCUUAGUCUGGGCGUGUCUCUGCCCCCGGGCAAUCCCCUCAAGCACAGCGACUCGCUGACGCUUCUGGCGGAAACCAUCAGCCAUGAUCUGAGCGGCAUCACGCAGGGCCUCAAUGCCAUACCGGAGACGGUGGCGCCCGUCUCCUCAUCGGCCCCGGCCACCCCAGCCACGCCCAAGCGAAAGCCGAGCCUUUGCAGCACCUCCAGUCCGCGGCCCCAGCGAAAGAUGAACGGAUUCAGUCAGCUGCUCAGCGAUCUCCAGGCCUUGGGCACGGACUUUUCGCAGAGCGAAAGCGACUCGGAGUCGGUGGCCUCGCCCGCCCAGUCGCCCACCGCCAGGCGACCCCAGAUAAUGGUGCUCCAGGCAGCAGGCGGAUCCAUUCCCGGAUCCGGAGGAUUGGGAGCAGCCAAACAGCCGCUCUCGCAGCGCAGCAGCUUCGGGCUGCAUAGCCCGGAUGGCAGCCAUUUUGGGGCCGAAACAAAGGACUACAAUCUGCGAGAGUAUCUCCAGCAGCUGAAGGAGAUCAGCAAUGCCUCGUCGGCGGACACGGAUGUGGCGGCGCGCCAGCUGUCGGAGAUCUACGGCUUUGAGGUGCGCGAGGACACCUUCAUCGAGACGGACCCGGAUCUGAUUGAUUUGCGUGCCAUACCCCCACCCCAGACCCCGGAUGAGCUGGACUCCCUGUCUCUGAUGAAUGCUGCCCCACCCAAGGGCUUCGAGGGUCGGGCCGAGGAGCUGGACAGUUUCCUGCAGCAGAUAAUGGUGGCACCACCCACCCAGAAGGCAACACCCGCCAAAGAGCUCACCCCGGAAGAGAUUAUGUCCUUUAUCAUCCCACCGCCACCUAAUCUAGAGCAGCAGCAACAGGUGCCACAGCAGCAAGGGCCACCUAUGGAGACGGAAUCCCUGUACAGCAACUCGGUGCAGGCCAAGCGGGAGUUCUUCCAGUCCGUGGCCAAUGGGAGCCACAACAACAACAACAGCAGUAGCAACACCGGCAAGGAGCAGUCCCCGCAUGUCAUCGAGUAUGCCACUGUGGAGCGGAAGAGCAAGUUUAGCUGCUGUCCCACCACCAAAAAGGAAGAGUCCUCUCCCGCUCCAGCAGCAGCAGCAGCCGCACCGCCCGAGGUGCAGCCACCGCCCAGGACACCCACCGCUGAGCAGAUGUCGCCACCACCCGCUCGACCACCCAAAAGCGCCGAGCUUCUGCAACGGUACUCACCCAAAAAGCAGGUGAGGAUUAUGGCCACACACCAGCAACAGCAGCAACAGCAACAGCAGCAGCAGCAGAGGGACAGCAGUAGGGGACCGCCCCAGCUGCCACCUAGAGGCAGUCCCACCUUCGAUGCACAGCAGGCGAGUCCCCAUCCCCCAGCAGCAGCAACAGCAGCAACGGCUGCCAUGAUGAUGUCGGUAAAGAGCAACGUCAGAGAGUCGUUGGUCUGAUGUCUUUAGGCUAAAUCCUUACGUACUCGUAAUAUCAACAUGGAACAUGGAAGCUCAAACGAUGGGAUCGUCUCUGCGUGUGGUAUGGUGGAAUAUGCUAUAUGCUAUAUACUAUAUGCUAUAGAAAGAUCUUGACAAAAUCUGAUUUGUAAUUUUAGAAAAAUAUAAUGGCAGCUAGAAUUAUGUGAUGGGAUCUAUGCAGGCAUUUCAAAUUUUCAAUCAUUCAAGGAUCUUAAAGAACUUUCCCUGAAGCGUUUACAGUAUAUUUUGUUAUCUAUUUUUGUGGGCAAUCUCUGGGGCAAUGUCUCUGUAAUUAAUUCGAAUUUUGUACCUGUUUUCAGUAUUCCGAGCAUGAUUUUCUAUUCUAUUUUCUUUACUAUUCCUUUCGCAUUUGAAUUUACGAUUGUAGGCUUUUUCUCGAAUUUGUUUCUACCUGAACUCUUCUUUAAUCGUUUAUAUAUCACUUGCUCAAAGCUGAUUAAAUAUUUUUAGGAAAAAGCCUGUCUAUCUCAAUCUCCACUUAUUCCAUAAUUGUCAUAUCUAUCUACAGUCCUACAGCUUAUUCCAUCAUAUCUGAGCGAUCCACAUAAUAAAAUAUCUCGAAAAAAACAAAAACAUAAACGAUAUCUAUUCUAAAUCAUAAAAAAAUCACUUUCUCCACUUAAAGCAUGCAACUAACUCGAAUUUCUAUGUGUAUUCUCCAAAAAAUCAAACUAUUUUUAUCUAUACAAAUUAUAUAUACUUAUAUACAAAUAUCACUCUCUCGAAUUGUUAGUAGAGCUCCUUGAACCCAGUCCCAGACCAGUCCCAAAUACUACUUGAAUUUGGAGGAACACCAUGACUUGAUUAUCUAGACCAAUUUAUACUAUGAUGACAGACAUACAUAUGUAUGUAACUAUAUGUUUAUUAAAUUAUGCUAUCAGUAUAUUUUCUAAUGUACAUAAUUUACACACACACAAACACACACAUACACAUGCAUACAUACCACAUAUAUA